GAUAAAGGUGAGCAAAGCAAUGAGGAGGAGCAGAAGUCUAUCAAGCCUACAAGUAAAGAGUUCAGGAAGACCUGGGGCUUCCGUAGGACCACGAUUGCUAAGCGUGAGAGCGCGGGAGACGCUGAUGUGGACUGCAGUGAGCAGCAGCCGCAGCAGCAGGGCCUGAGCCUGCGGCGGAGCGGGCGGCAGCCAAAGAGAACCGAGAGGGUGGAGGAGUUCCUCACCACCGUGAGGCGCAGGGGGAGGAGAACUGUGCCUGCCAUUCUGGAAGAUUCCAGUGAAGCAGCGUCCUGCCCGGCUACGGAUGCUGAAACGGCUUCCGAAGGAAGUGUUGAGAGCACUCCAGAUACAAAACCCGAUCAGAAAAGCCCUAAAAGUAGGCGUGCAAAAGAGGAAGAAGAAGAAGAGGAGGAGGAGGAGGAGGAAGAGGAAGAUGAUACUUCUGAUAGUGAUAGCGAUGGGUUAACACUAAAGGAACUGCAGAAUCGCCUAAGAAAGAAACGUGUUGAACAGAAACCUGCACAGCUGGUGGUGAAGGAUGCACAGAGCCACCCAAGGAAGAGGAAUUCAGAGCAAGAUCCUGCUAAAACAGGUGAUGUCCCAGCUGAAAAACAGGCUGAGUCUGAGCUGUCUGUCAAACAGGAGCCUGAGACUGCAGACAGCACCGAGGUAGCAAGUCAGGUGGUUGUGACUGAGGAAGACACCGAAGAUCUUCAGGCUCAGAAGGAGGAAACACCUGCCCUUGGUGUAAAGGAGGAAGAACCUGAAGAACAGCCCAAAAGCAAACCUGAGUCUGAGAUUUAUGACCCAAAUGCUCUGUACUGUAUUUGCCGUCAGCCUCACAACAACAGGUUUAUGAUCUGUUGUGAUAGAUGUGAGGAAUGGUUUCAUGGUGACUGCGUGGGUAUUUCUGAGGCUCGAGGGCGAUUGUUGGAAAGGAAUGGUGAGGACUAUAUCUGUCCAAACUGCACCAUUCUCCAGGGGCAGGAUGAGCCUGUGUCAGAACUAGACCAGCAGGAAGCUAAAGUGGAGCAAGGAAAUGUGGAUGGCACAGAAUUCACAAGCAUAGGAACAAUUGAACAAAAAUCAGUUGAGGACCAAGGAAUCAAGGGUAGGAUUGAAAAAGCUGCAAAUCCAAGUGGGAAGAAGAAACUAAAGAUAUUUCAACCUGUGGUCGAAGCUCCUGGUGCGUCCAAGUGUAUCGGUCCUGGCUGCUUCAACUUGGCUCAGCCUGACUCAGUGUACUGCAGCAACGACUGCAUCCUCAAACACGCUGCAGCCACCAUGAAGAUCCUGAGCUCUGGCAAAGAUGCAAAACCAAAACCUAAGGAGAAGAUCAAACCAAAACCUGACAAACCUGGAAUGCCAAAAUCUCAGCAGCAGGCAGGUGCCAAACCUCUUUCAAACCAAAAGAGACAGCUCCCUGAGAAAAGAGAGGUGAAUGUGAAGAAGACUGUUGUGACAACAGCCAAGACUGAGGCAAACACUCAACCUGUUGCUAGAGAGGCACCGGCAGAACCCGUCACACCGUCCUGGGCCAGUGAUCAUAAUUACAAUGCUGUAAAGCCUGAAAGGACUGCUGCCAUUUCACCUGCACUGUUGUUCAAAUCUCAAAGGGAAGAGAAAAGGAGUGAAGAUAGAGCAGAGUCCACAUCAGCAUCGAAGAAGACUGUUGUGUCUAUAGCAGAGAAACAAUCAUCUCUCAGCAAAAAUCUGCCUUCAAAGAAGUCUCCAGCCUACCCUAACACGUCCCUAACUAAACCACCACUGAAACCUUCUGCUGGAAGUUUCAAAGGUGUCAUUCCCAAGAAACCUUGGCAUUCAUCAGGCAGUGUUCCUUCCAAACAGUCACCUCUCUCUCAUGGCUCAUCAGUCUCCAAAAAACCAGCUCCAUCAUCCAGUUUGGGUGGAGGACUCAAAAAGCCUUCACUGCCUUCCAUGUCUACUGCAGCUGGAAGUAGCCAAGCCAAAGCAUCAGCCAAUCCUAUCCAGUCACAGCCCAACUCUCAGAUUCGACAAAAUAUUCGACGAUCCCUGAAAGAAAUUUUAUGGAAGAGAGUCAAUGACAGUGAUGACCUGGUCAUGACAGAGAGUGAAGUAGGGAAAAUAGCACUUAAUAUUGAAAAGGAGAUGUUUAAUUUGUUCCAAGUUACAGACACCAGAUACAAGAGUAAAUACCGGAGCAUCAUGUUCAAUCUCAAGGACCCCAAAAACCAGGGACUUUUCCAUCGUGUCCUUCGUGAGGAAAUCUCCCUGUCAAAACUAGUGAGAAUGAAACCAGAAGAACUUUUAUCUAAAGAACUCUCUGUGUGGAAAGAGAAACCAGCUAAAGCAGUGAUGGAGUCAAGAAGCAAAGCUCAUGAAGUCAAGAAAACAGCUGUAAAACGGGAACAUGUGCCAGUUGUCAAUAUGGAAGAUUCUCCACCAGUGUCUGAUUCUGAUGAGCAGCAGGAGUCAGCCCGAACUGCCCCCAAUUCAAACAGUGCUCCUGCUCUGGAUGUUUUCAGCAGUAUGUUGAAGGAUACAACAAGUCAACAUCGAGCCCAUCUCUUUGACCUGAACUGCAAAAUCUGUACAGGUCAGAUUUCAGCAUCUGAAGAUGAGGCACCACCGAAGAAGAUGAAGACAGGGAGUUCUGCUAAGAAGGCAGAGUCAAAAUCAAAAGCAGAAGUUGAGCCCAAGUAUGAAAGUUCUGCUCCAGCAGCAGAGCCUGACAAGGAGCAGGUCACUGAGGAUGAUGCAAUGGAUAUUGAUGUUGAACCAGCAGCAGAAACAGUUUCUCAGCCAAGCACAGAAAUAACUUAUGUUCCUACGAGCCAGAGUCAUAACAGCACAGACUCUGCUGUACCUGAAGAGGUCUCUGUUUUUCCUGCCACUUGUGCUGGCCCAGUUGUCACAACUGUAACGGUUUCUGGCAGAGACCCCAGGACAGCCAUGAGCAGCAACUCUGGCAUGAUGACGUCGGCUCUGCGUUCUGGGCCUGCAGCUGACAAAGUCUCAACAGGGGAAACCAAACAGGAAACUUCCAAACCAGUUAUGACUGUCCCCAAAUCCAUAUUGACAAAACCUUCCUCCUCACCAGAUCCCAGAUACCUGCCGGUCCAUCAGUCACCCAACAUCAAUGUUGCAGAGCCACGAUCGCCUCAGGACAGUGACACUUCCCUCUUUCUCUCCCGUCUCAACACCAUUUGGAAAGGAUUCAUUAACAUGCAAAGUGUGGCCAAAUUUGUCACUAAAGCAUAUCCAGUCUCCGGGUGCUUUGAUUAUCUUAGUGAGGAUUUACCAGAUACAAUUCAUAUUGGGGGGAGGAUCUCACCGAAGACAGUCUGGGAUUAUGUUGGCAAACUCAAAUCUUCGCUUUCUAAGGAAUUGUGUUUGAUUCGUUUCCAUCCUGCAACAGAAGAAGAAGAAGUUGCCUAUAUCUCUCUCUACUCCUAUUUUAGCAGUCGUGGUCGUUUUGGUGUUGUAGCUAAUAACAACAGACAUGUCAAGGAUCUCUACCUGAUCCCCCUGAGUUCUAAGGACCCAAUUCCUUCCAAACUCUUGCCCUUUGAGGGACCAGGUCUUGAGUCAUCUCGGCCAAAUUUGAUUCUUGGAUUGGUUAUCUGUCAGAAAGGCAAACGUCUUGCCAGUGGCAUUGAGACAGAAAAGGUGGAGGAAAAGCGAAGCAGAAUCCAAGCACAUGAGGAACCUGAGCCGUCGCUGUUCUCCAAAGGACCUUCAGCAGCUUCGCAAGAGAAGAAAACUCCGAAAUACACAUUUUAUUCAGGAGACUCUACUGUGAGUACAACACCACCUGGGUCUCCUCCUCCACCUCCACCCCCACUGCCUGUUCCAGAAACCUCAGCAGUUACACCUUCAGUACUAAAAAUACUGUCAUCCAUUAAAAGUGGCCCCACCACCACUGUGACUCCACCGAUUUCCACUGCGGCUCCUGCGAGCAGCACUGCCACCCAGUCAUCCUCCUCAAAAACUGCCACACCUCUCGAGCACAUCCUGCAGACCCUCUUUGGCAAGAAGAAAACCUUUGAGCCUCUUGCUAAGGAUUCUGGAACUGUCCAGUCUUCAAAUCAGGAAGGUCAAGCUGCUGCUGAUGGUGGAAUGUCAGCGGUCCCUCUGUUAGAUCCCAUUGUGCAGCAGUUCGGGCAGAUGUCAAAAGACAGAGCUAUAGAGGAGGAGGAGGAUGACAGACCAUAUGAUCCUGAGGAAGAAUAUGGUCCAGAGAAAGCCUUUGAAGUGCAGCCUGGUGAAAGUGAGAAACGAUACAAUGUGGAAAAGCCAUCUAAUGCAGCAGAACUAGAGGAUGAGGCCUAUGAUCCAGAGGAUGAAACUAUCUUGGAAGAAGCGAAAGUUACCGUUGACGAUUUACCCAACAAGAUGUAUACAGACACUAAAAGCACUUCUUCAGAAACAUCUGCUUCAUAUGUGCCUGAUUUAUCUGCAUCCUCGUCCUUGGUAGAACAGCAGAAAAUGUUGGAAGAAUUAAACAAACAAAUAGAAGAACAGAAAAGACAACUAGAGGAACAAGAAGAAGCCCUCAGACAACAAAGAGCAGCUGUUGGUGUUUCAAUGGCUCAUUUUUCAGUGUCUGAUGCUUUAAUGUCACCACCACCAGCAAAACCUUCCCUAAUAAAGACUGAAUUAUUCCAUCAGGACCAGCAAGCUGCACAAAAAGUAGAUUUACCUUCAUCUUUAACUCAGCAAGCACAAGUUUUAAACCAGGGCUGUGACCCAAGGCAGAACAGAGACCCUCGACAGGCUCGAAGGAUGGUGACAGAGACUAGUGACAAUGUUGAUUCUCAAAUAAAGCCACAGGUGCUACAGAAUGAGAUACCCACAAGGGAAAUUGUUCCAGCAAGCUUUCCAAAUGCUUUGCAGGCUUCACUUGGUAAGGAAGAGAAUACUUUAAUUUCUGCUACUCAGCCUGGUUUUAGUGCAAAUAAUUGGGUUUCAAGUGAACAAGUUUCUACAGUGUCCCAGAAAGAGGCAUCUAAUAGCAAGUUUGAACACACCAUUCAAGUUACUUUGGAAAAUCUGAGUCAAACAGCUUCUGGAGAACCUUCUACAUCCAAACCUAUACGUAAAGUGCUGCUUCCAACACCUCCAAAUGCAUCUUUUCAGCCUAAUUUCACCCCAUCAAAUGACAGCCCAUCCCUACAAGAUAUGCAUCAAGUCUCGUGGCCAAAUGAGUCAACAGAAGCAAUGGGAAUGGAUUCCUUUUCAAAUACAGUGUUUCCUCCUCAGGAAAAAGCAGCUGGACACUUUGAACCAGAGAUGGGUCUUCCAUCAGUGCAAUAUGACGAACAAAGAAAUCCUCAGCCUCAUCAGUUCAUAGAACAAACUGAACAUCCACAAGUUCAGAGUGAGGAUGGACCUCCCCCACAGCACUUUGAGGAAAACAGAGCAUUUCCCAUGUCUGGGCAGAAAGGAGGUCCUCCACAGACACUCAUGCUCAAUGCACCUGGAGGACCUCAUGGACCUAAUUUUAGAGGACCAGCCCCACAGUUCUCUGAAGACCAUGGUUUUCCAAAUAAUGAUGGUCAAAGAGGACCUCAGUCUGGAAGAUUUGGAGGUCAAAAAGGUCCCCUUCCUUCCUUAUUUUCUCCACAGCAUGGACCCUCAGCUAUGUUUGGUGAUAACAGGGGUCCUGCCCCUUCCUAUCACGGUGGUCCAAGAGGAAUGUCACCAUCUCAUUUCGAAGAUCAUAGGGAGCCUCACAUGGAACAAAGGGAAUUCUCAGAUUCCCAAUAUGAUGAAAUGAUGGGGCCUCCAGGGCAGUUUGAAGGACCAGAUUCACCUCAGUUUAUGGGCAACAGAGGACCUUUUCCUUUUGGAGGUCAAAGACGACCCCCACCAGCUCAUUUUAAAGGGCAGAGAGGAGGCCCUCAGUAUGGAGGGCCAAGAGGUCCAGCCCCAAGUCAUUUUGGGGGACCAAGAGGACCUCACCCCAAUCAAUUUGAAGGGCAGAGAGGUCCAGGUCCAAAUCAUAUGUCUGGUCCGAGGGGACUUUUGCCACAGCCAUAUGAAGAGCGUAGAGGGAGCCCACCACCCAGGUUUUCCAACCAGAGAGGUCCAGGACCACAUCAGUUUGGAGGACCGAGAGGAGCUGCACCUGCAAUGUUUCCAGAAGAAGAUGAACCUCCCCCUUCUAGAUUUCAUUUCCAGGGUCAGUCACCACAAGGUAUGAAACCACCCCCGAGACCACUCCUGGACCUUCCAAGCCAUCCACCAACCCACAGAAAAGAUAUGUGGGAGGAAGGUGGUCCAUCUGCAUCUCUUUCCAAUAUGUCUGGACAAGGAUCUGAGUCAGAAGGACAGUGGUCCUCAUCUGACUUCCGAGAAGGCAAAAAUCCUGAAUAUAGAGGCCAGACAUUUGAAGGGAGGCAGCGAGAGAGAUAUGAGGGAGGAAAUAAAGACAAGGGUUUAGAUCAGCCAGAGCCUCUGCAAGCAGAUAAUCGCCAAGGUAGAGCCUUCGAGGAGAGACGAAGGGAUCGAGAACACGGCAGACCUUGGGAGAGAGAUCGUGGCAGAAACUGGAACAGAGACAGGGACUGGGAGAGGCACCGAGACAAGGAGUGGGAUAAAAAUAGAGACAGGAACCUAAACAAAGAUAGAGACAAGGAUUCCGAGCGGGGUAAGGAUUGGGAAAGAAGCAGAGACCGAGAUAGAGGAAGAAACAGAGACAGAGACUCCUACAGAAGACGUGACAGAGAGCGAUCCCGAAGCAGGGACAGGGACCGCGACAGAGACAAAGACAGGGACCGAGAUCGGAGCAGGGAAAAGGAAAGAGAUCGAGACAGGGAUCGAGAUCGCGAUAAGGGAGAUCGCAAAGACAGGAGCAAGAGUAAGGAAAUUGGCAAGGAGACGAAGCCAGAAACCCCCAAGGAAACUCAGAAACCGAUGGAAACUGAAGCUUCAUCUUCCAGCAAUCAGUCAUAG